AUGACAUCGAUUGCUUCCUCACCACAAGAUUUAGAAAAGGGUGUAAACACCAUCGAGAACAUCGAAACGCUGCCCCAGCAGGGCUCCAUCGCAGGCGUCUCGCAGGGCCUGCCCAACAUCCAAGAAAUUUACUCCGAUAGGGACUUCAUCACACUGGGAUCGUCCACGUAUAGACGUAGGGACCUUUUGAACGCCCUGGACAGAGAUGAUGUUUCAGAGGAGCGCUGCGCGAGACAGGCGCCUCCUCAUCAGUUUGCCAACCCAGUUCCUCUCGGUCUGGCCUCCUUCUCUCUGUCCGCUUUGGUUUUAUCUUUGAUCAAUGCCAACGUCCGCGGUGUCACCGACGGCAAAUGGGCGCUUAGUCUGUUUUUGUUCUUUGGUGGUGCCAUUGAACUGUUUGCCGGGUUAUUGUGUUUUGUCAUUGGAGACACGUACGCAAUGACAGUGUUCAGUUCUUUCGGCGGGUUCUGGAUUUGCUACGGUUACGGACUAACGGACACGGACAACCUGGUAAGCGGCUACACGGAUCCCGCGAUGCUGAACAACGUCAUCGGGUUCUUCCUUGCGGGCUGGACCGUGUUCACCUUUUUGAUGCUGAUGUGCACUUUGAAAAGUACUUGGGGGUUGUUCUUGCUGCUGACCUUUUUGGACAUAACCUUCCUGCUACUGUGUAUCGGCACCUUUAUCGAUAACAACAACCUCAAGAUGGCCGGCGGUUAUUUCGGCAUCUUGAGUAGUUGCUGUGGUUGGUACUCGUUAUACUGUUCCGUGGUGAGCCCAUCCAACUCGUAUCUGGCCUUCAAGGCACACACAAUGCCCAACGCUCCUUAA